UUAUUCCCGUAAGAUCUCUGCUAAGAAAAUGAGAUGCGGCUCUGUUUGUGAUGUUGAGAUCGAGACCGUGCUGGAGCUACCGCAGAUUCUGUACAUACAUUAUAUAUUGACCAUGCAUGCAUGUUGACGAGGGUCUAGAUCUGACAGUUAGGUUUAACUUGCAACUCAUUUCUAUUAUCACCCUUGCUCUCUGUUUCCCUACCCCUCUAAAUUAACAAACACUGGCACAGUCGCAAAACAGAUCAGCUACCGACACCAGGCGACACUCACCGUCAACCCCCCGACCGUCGGCCUAGGGACAGGGUAGGAGUCUAGUCUGGAUCGAACUUGUUCUCUUCAUGUCUGAUUUGGCUAGACAUAGAAAGGACCAAUCUAACAACCAACUUUAUCGACAGUUUUUAUUGAGUCAUGGCGAAAGUCAUCACAGCAUCGUUGGAGCUAAGACCAACCAUGAUGUUGAGAGUAAUAACGUGAGUGAACAAUCUUCCACAAUGAGUGUCAUAUCAGCUACUGCCGCUAAGGCAGGAUACCUGCAGCAUAGACCGGGAGGAGCUCUUGGUCGUUGGAAGAAGAGACGUUCUUGGUUUGUACUUGACAGAUCAACGUGUUAUCUUCUAUACUUCAAGUCUCAAAAUGAUACGGGACAACCGCUUGGAGUUAUUGAUGUCAAAGAUGCUUGCAUCUCUCUUCUUCUAGAACAUUCCAAUCAAUUCCUCAUCGCGAGUGGAGGAAAGGAACACAUUCUUACUGCAGAAAAUCAUAAGAGUAUGAUGCAAUGGUUAACAGCUCUUCAGGAAGUCCGAGACCAAUUCAUUACUACCAAGAAGGAGAGAACAGUUCCCAAGUCAUUUUCUCAUAAACCAAUUGCGGCUGCAUCACCCACCAAGGGCCUAGCCGCUGAGCCAUCUCCUGCAGCCAUCAGACGACUGAGUGCAGAGAAGAGAUCCACUCUUCCUGGACAUGCAGGAUCACUAACACCAGGUGCAUUUACACCAGAUGGAGUAGUAUCAGGGUUUAAUGCACCUGGUGCUAUAACACCAGGUGCUGAGAGUGACACCAGUAUUGAAAGUGGAGCAAGGAGAGACUUUGCUUCAGCAUUCCUUUUACCAAGUCCAGGCACUCCAACGGCUUCCUUCAACGGUUCCGUCCCAGCAGAUUCUCCCGAUCUCUCACCGACAUCAAUCAGGAGUUCAAUCAGUAUUACAUCCACAGAUGACAUCGGAUCAGUAGGUGAUCUCAAGGAACCAUCACUAUCACUUGUCAGAGAAAACAGUGAACAUAGCAUCAGUGAUAAAGACAGCAUGGUGUUUGAGGAGUCCAAGACUGAAGAAGAUCGAGAUGGAGACGCUGAGAGUACUAGUGAUGCAGGAACAGAAGAUGAUCUGGAAGAAUUGGACAAAGAAACACUUAUACUUAGACUACAGGCUGCAAGAGAAGAGAAGCUAGAAAACCAGAGGAAGUUGAAAAGUGCAAUGAACCGAGAGACAACGUAUCAACAGAUGUUGAAGAAGAGAGAGCAGGAUAUCAUGAGAUUAGAUGAUAAGCUUGGCCAAUUAGAACAAGUACAACAUCUUAGCAGGGACCUAUUGAAUGAAGAGGAUUUGAAGACGGCGAGAAGGAAUGUACUUGAUCUACAAGAUACACUCAAGAUGUACCAAGAACAGAAUGUCUUUCUCAACUCAGAGGUGCGCAAACAAGCUGGACUCAAAUGUAGAGCGAGAGCUAAGAUGGAGGGCAUGCAGAGAAGAAUAACUCACAUGGAUGCAGAGCUGUCUAAAUGUAAGCGAGAGUUCAUUCACCUUAUGACCUGUCAUGUAGAGGUCACAUCUCUGGACCAUAAGGACAACAUUCCCAUGAAGCUAGACUGGUCUGAUGCAAAAUACAAGAGAUUCUUAGAGAUGUAUGAUAGUGCAAGACAAAAAGAUGUUACGCUCCUAGAUCCAAGGGUAGCAAUGGCUGAAGGGAUUACAGAUCAGUAUGGAUUCCAGCAAUAUCACAACAAUCAACCACUCUUAUUCCAUCAAGUUUGUCAUCUUCUUGAUAGACAUAUCCAGGGAUACUCAAGGAAAGAAUCAGAGCAUCGGAAAUCCUGGGAGGCGUACAUACAGAAACAUGAGCACAACUUUCAGGAUCAUCAGAGUGAGAUGCAUAACUUGGUGUAUGGAGGAGUUCCCCCUGAGUAUCGGAGUGAAGUUUGGACGCAGCUUAUCAUGGAUAGAGUCAAAACCAUCAAAGAGGGCAAGGGAGAGAACUACUUCCAGUCACUGUGUGAUCUAUGUGAUACAUCUCCAGCUGUAGAAACAUAUCGUCGUCAAAUCAACUUGGAUCUGCUUAGAACAAUCCCUCAUAAUACACACUUCAAUAAUGAACAUUCAAAAGGGAUUUCUCAGUUGAGACAGCUCCUGGAAGCAUUCUGCGUUCAUAAUCCUGAGAUUGGCUACUGCCAGGGAAUGAACUUCAUUGCAGGAAUGAGUCUUCUCUUCAUGGACAUUGAGACAGCUUUCUGGUGUCUGGUUGCAGUUGUAGAGUACUACUUCCCACACAACUACUUUGAUGCUAGUCUGAUUGGAGCUCAAGCUGAUCAGUACGUCUUGAAAGAAAUCCUUCAGUGUCGGUUACCUCGGUUACAUGCCCAUCUUGAUGAUGUUGGAGUGGAGAUGUGCUCAUUCACUCUCAAUUGGUUUCUUGCUAUCUACUUCGAGGUUGUCCCAUUUAAUACGUUGCUGAGGAUCUGGGAUUGCUUCCUCCUGGACGGUCUCUACGUUCUCUUCCAGUUCUCCAUGGCUUUACUACAGUAUCAUGAAGAAGCUCUACUUAGUAGGAAGGACAUACUUGCUCUACUCAAAGAUACCAAACAACUCUGUAAACUCAGCUACAACAUAGAGAACUUGGUUCAGACUGUGAAGGAUAACAUGAAGGAGUUCCAGUCCUGGAGCUGGAUUGAAGAGAGACAGGCACACUACAUGAACAACCUACAGAAGGUAUAUGAGGAACAGGAGAGAGCAAGAAAGGAGUUUGAGAAGCAAGAAGGUCUAACAAGUAGCAGCGUGCAGACCAUCACAGCAGGACCUCCUAGUGGGACUGAAGAAUCUUCCUAUGGAGAGGUGUCUGAUCAUGAUCUUAAGAUGGACUGUGCUGUAGAAUAUGCACAAGGAGGUUUGUUGGUAUGUCGGGGUGAUAUCAGACAAGGCUGGAUCAGUCGGGUUGAUGUAAAGCAGUGCUCUAAACAGAACAUUGGUGCCAGGCUUGACAGCAGGGUGAUCUGUAUGUCAAUGGCAGGACCAGACUGCGUGCUUCUCGGUACCUUAUCAUGGUUCCUGUACCUCUUCAAUGUAAAGACACAGCAAGAGCUUUGGUGCGAGAGAUUGCGUGACACACCGCUCUGCGUAACCCAUGAAGACAGCACAAGGAAUGUAUAUGUGGGGCUAGCUGAUGGGACAUUGGCGGUCAUGGAGGGUAUCAUAGUGUCUCAUCCACCUGAAGUGUUCUACCAUGCUAUUGGAGCGUCUCCUGUUCGAUGUAUUCAACUCAUACCAGACCUCAAGCAGAUCUGGUGUGCUUCAGGCAACUCAGUCAAUAUCCUCAACACCUCUCUGAAUGUACUAGAUGGCUUUGAGAUGUCUAAGAACCGUAACAAUCACAUUCAGAACAUGGAGUUGAGUGAUAGAGGAGUUUGGAUCAGUAUGCGUGGAUCAUCAUUCAUAGCUUUAUGGGACAUUCAUUCACUCUCCUGUCUGUUGAUGUAUGAUACAUCAUCUGAUCAACUACCCAUCUACAAGGUUCCCAGUGAUGAGACUGUGAUGUCUCGGAUUACAGCGGUCAUGCCAUAUAACAACACUCUAUGGAUAGGUACAGCCGAUGGUCAUCUUACCAUAUAUGACGUGAUUGAUGUAGAGUGUUCAAACCUUCAUUCUGCUACCAGAUCUGAAGAUGAGCUUGAUAUCAAAUCUAAUGGAGAGGAUGAGGGUGUGUCCUACCAGAGUGAUGAUGCCAUAGCAACCGCUUCAGAUGAUGAGAAGACUUCUGAAGCUGAGAGAAGCUCUCAAGAGAACAUUGUUGAUAGCGGGAUGGGCGGAAGCAAAGAAGGGCUCAAGACCGGGGAUGAAGAAGAUGAAGAAGACUUUGAGAAGAAAGGUGAAGAGAUGAAGAAAGAAGACCGGGAAGGAAGUCAGAAUAACCGAAAAGCUGAGUUGAUGUUGCCUGAGAUAGAGACUGCCGAGUCGAAGAUGAGGAAGUCUAAGACUCUUGAGGAGUUUGUAGUAGUUGGAAGAGAUGAAGAUGGUGCACAGGAGUACGAUCCAUCGGUCUUUGAGACCAGCCUAAAGAAUGGCACUAUGAACAGUGAUAAACACAGCAGGAUAGACUUUUCCAUCAAGAGCCGUAGACCAAAGAAUUCUCGUAAGAGGCUGGACAGUCCACGCAAUCUCAAGAAACUCCUUCAUCCCAGAAGUAAAUCAACUUCAAGUGAGAAAUCAGGAGAGGAGCAGACCUCACCGACCAGUCGCACCAGCUCUCAUCAUAAAUCUAAAGACAGAGUACAAUCUGUACUGGGUAAACUCACUCAUCGCUCAUCAACAAAGAAACACAAGAAAUACCGCUACAGCAGAGAGCUACGAGAGGAGACUAGAAGAGGGUCUCUCUUCAUUGCUGAUGAUACAACGUUAGAUUCUCUGCUUGAGGUAGCCAAUGGAUCGGUACCAUCUGGUGAAUCUUUGGUAGACACGGGAGAUGAGAAAUCUCGGUACUCAACGCUGACCCCUCAAGGAACGACCUUUGACCCUUCUGAGAUUGAAGUCUAUCAGCAAUGUGAACUCAGAUGUGAAGCUAAGAGGAAAAUAUCUGAACAUCAAGUCAGAAUACUUGUUCUUACUGGUUUGGAAGAUAACGAGCCAUGUGUUGUAAGCUGUGCUGGUUACUAUGGUGAUGAUGAAUCCAUACUCAGAUGGACAUGCCAUACUAGAGAGAACGUGUGGAUGCAGGUUCCAAUAGAAGAUAUUACAUAGAGAGAUGGAAGAGAAGAGGUUUGUUCAGUGUGAGGUUUGAAGGAGAGCAACUAUUGUACUACAUCAGCUCAGGUUGGAAAUGGUCAGCUUAUGACUGCUAUAUACCAAAUCAGUUAUAUCAAUUGAUAUAUAACCAUGGCAACCAUGUCAUGGUAUGCAUGCACUAAAGUGUGCAAGCUUCUAUUUGUUUUUCUCUCAUUUAUUCCAUUUUUCAAAUAAAUUAUUCAAAUAUGUGACAGAUCGGAAAACUGUUAGUUUUUCCAAGAACAUGUAUAAAGUCGCGUCUCUUAGGCCUGAUUUAUUAGGUGAUUGUAACAUGUAAAUGCAUGUGGAUUACAAUAAACAAACUGAGAAGAUAAUUUACUUCAUGGUAUUACCAAAUGUUAUAUCAUAUGAUUUUCUUGGUGCAAAAUGCUUGAAUGGUAAAAUUACCUGAUGCGAGUCUGUUCUAAUGUUUUCAUUUCUUGAGACUCUGUUUUUUGUUUCUUUAAUAUUCAUUCACAUGGAUAAAAUGUACAUAUUGCAAUCAAAUCUGAAUAAAGGAGUAAAUAACAAAACUGAAUAAACCAAGUAAUAGGGUAGCAUCCUUACGAUAUGAGGUGUUGUGUUACUUUAAAUUUCUUCUCAUAUAAAGUAGAUUUUGUCAGUACUUAGUGAAGUGAAUGGUUUUAAAAGAUGGACAAUAUAUUGUCUCAUACAUUUAAAAACACGAUUUAUUGCUUUGAAAUGUUUAACAGAGAUAUAAUUGUGAAUAAACCUUUCAUUAGGAAAGGAUGAAGAAUAUAUAUACAUGUAUGUGUAAAUAUAUAAUGAAAAUAUUAUGUUAACAAUCAUGAAUUAUGAAUUGUUCGUUAUCAUUCAAGCAGUUAUGUUACUCUCUUGGUCAAUACUUACGAACUUUCAAGACAUUUCUUGCCACUAGCAUAGGGGAUGUUAUACAAUUGCCACAUACAUGUGUACUUAAAUAUUUACAUGUGUACUUAAAUAUUUACUUCAGAUAUUGUUUAAUUAACUCUGAUUUUGCUGUAAAAUUGAUGUAUUAUGUUGUUGAUUUUGUUGCUAACUUCCAUUUCCAGUUAUACAUAUACCUUGUGAGGACUGACAAGGUAAUCUCUAAGAUGGGUAUAUACAAAAGGAGGUGGUUUAGUGCUUCAAUUACCGGUAAUUGACUUUCAAUCAAUGUCUUGAUGAUUCUAUUCUUUGCCUGGCUUCAACGUUAUUAGUCAAGGUACGAGGCUAAAUACAACCCACUCUCAUCAUUUCAUACGUAUAAUACCCUUUUCUUUUCUUUUUUUCUGACUCAUUAUCAUCAUGAAUGUAGCGCAAUUUCAACUUCUUGUAAGCCUCUUCAGUGCAUGGACAAAUUACAUUUUGUUGGGAAAGAAUGCGGUAAAAAUUGCUACGUAGCCAUUUGUAUGUGUGGGAAAAUAUCAAAUGUCACAAUACUCCUUUGCCCUUAUUUUGUUAUAUAAAGGACUAGAAACCCUUUGCCUCUGUCCACCUACAUGUAGGUGUAAAUGGAUACCUGGUAUGCUCAACCUUUUUAUAAUUCAGGGAUGCCUGUUUUCAGGCUAUAGCCCGACCCCAUUCCAGGCUUCAUAUUGUACAGCAUUAUGGGACUCCAACGUGUCUGGGACUAUAAGGUGUCAGAGCUUGUCUCUUUUCAGGCUCCAUGAUUAGCCACUAGGCUACAACCAGGAUAAUAUUGGAAGCACCAGGAGCUUCAUCUUGUGAGUGCUUUACAUGAAUAUUCAUUAGUCUAAUCGUUUGUCAGAGGAUAUGUGACAAAUGAGGUGUUUUCAACAACAUCUUCAUAGUUAAAAACAAUGACAAAUAUCAAUUAGGUUGAGAAAUGAAGAGUAUCAGUCAUUGUUUUGUUUCUCUUUGGGUCUUCUUUAUUAAUUUUUGAAAAUGACAAUUGAGAUCAACCUAAAUCCAUGUACACCUGUAGUUUAAUAGUUAUGCAAUGGUUUUCUACAAGUAUUAUGCUUAACAUAUCAUACAGCCAGUAGUCAUGUCAUGCAGUUGAUUUAUCUUUAGUACAGUAUUCCUUUCCUACUUUGUAAGAAUCAUCAUUUUAAAUCCAGUAAGAAUUGUGCUGCUCUUGUAAUUGAUCAAAGAUUUGUUUAGAUCUCUCCUGCACCUUGCAUUCCCUGUAUACAUACACUCUGAAGCCCAUACAGACACGGUGUGCUAAACUGGCCUAAAAAAACAAAGACGACCACAACGGUAUUAAGGCAGAACUUAAAUCUGAAAAUAAAUGCAAAAGGCCGUGAUGUUACAAAGCAUUGCACAAAAUUGGACCCUACACAUACAUACUCAGUAAUGUGUGUGUUAUAAGAUACAGACAUGUGAAGCACACUUUGUUUUCCUCAUGUUAUCUUGCCAUAUACAUAGCAAGGUUAUACAAGUAAUUUACCACCCUGUGUCUGUAUGGGUAAAUUCUUGAUUAACAUUCAUUUUUAUCUUGUAGUGAGUUGUGUAAUAAAGUUUUUAUGAUGCGAUUGUAAAUAAUUACUGAAAUUUUUAUAGAAGUAAGAGGACUAAUUUGUGAGACUUGCUAAAGAGGGAAUUAAGUCUCAUCUACUUGUAAGCUAUAUUUAUGAUAUUUUGUGGAAUGUAUAUUGCUGAUAGUGUAAACGAGAAUGGUAUCAAAUCUUAGGCAGGAUGGUGACAGUGACUUUGCAUCAUACAUAUGUGAAUAAGAGGAGUGAAAUAACUUCAAAAUUCCUUUUUGUUUUGUUCCUUCUUUGUUAUUUAAAUAAAGAAUGUAGUUUGUGAUUGAAAGAUUAUAUGGCAUUUAAUGACAGGUGUAACAAACACCUUGAAGCUCUUUUAAAAACUUGUAUAUUUGCUUUGAAUUGGUGCUUAUCAUGUAGGUGUUGAUUGUUGCUUACUUGAGCUGUUAGACAUUGAUCAUAAACAACUCUGUGAAGAUGAUGAUAAGUGAGCAUGUGAUUUAGUUUAUUUCAUGUAAAGAAAUUGUUUUCAAUGAAUGAUAUUCAAGACUCAUAGUAAUUAGUUUCAGAUUUAUAACAAAAAUCAUAUAUGUUAGCCAUCAUGUAAUAAGUUUAGUUUUGAGCUAUAAUUUGUAUUUUGUGAGGAAAUAUUAUGAAAAGCUAUGUACAGUUUAGGGUAUGUAAAUUGUGUCAUGGUGUUCAUUGUGUAAGUUUGUUUUAGAUUUACAAUUGUCAGGCAAAGAUUUGGUGCUUUUAUCUCAUAUUAAAUGUUUUAUUUGACUUUGUGAAGAUGCAGGUAGAUGAAUAUAGGACAUUAAUCAUUUGAUUGAAAUCAUGUUACAAAGAACUGAAAUCAAGCUGUUAUUAUAAGGUGCUGUGGAAUCAGUGAUGUGUUGCAAUUGGCCAGAAGAAUAGAACCAAGCAAAACUCAGUUGGCCAUUCUAGUCAUUCUCUAUCAUUUGAAUUGGCUCAUGUUUAGAGCUCCAUAUGUCAACUCUCUGUCCCGUUUCCAUAUCUACUUCCGUCUUGAUCAAUUCCCCCCCCCCCCAUUUUUUCUUCUUCUUUUCCUUGUCUCUUUCCUCUUUUUCUCCUUUCUUCAUCUCUUCUAUCCACCCACUCCAUCUCUGCGCUACUUUCUUCCAAUCACCUCUUCCAUAAUCUUAUUUUCUUUUCUCCACUCUUAUGUCUAGUUUCUACCCCAUACAAUCUCACCACGUUUCACAUAUAAAUAAUCCCAUUUUUCAACUCUGUUCUCUCCAUAAUCGGACCAUUCAAUCAUCCUGAAUGCUGUUUGGCCAAGUUAAUGUACGUAGUCAAUGAAGCAAAUGUUUAUUUUUGUUACCAUACAUUGAUAGAAAUGAUAUAAGUUUGAGCUUAACGCUUCAUGGUCAUAUUCAUAUAAAUUAUCUAAAUGUAAUGGCAUGCUUAUGUGUGCAGAAAUAAAAGUGAAAUAAUGAUA